GAUUUUAACUUUAAUUUAUGGAACAGUCCCCUGGAAUACACGAGUACACCCCUGAGGACUGAGCUGUUUACUGUUGUUACUAGAGGGCGCUGUGACGUUGAUGCUCGUCACCGGAAGUGUCAGUCGUCAGUGUUUAAAGGUUUUGAAGAAGAUUUCUCUCGCGGUUUUGCAGCGGUGGCAUUAAAAGAUGCAGACAGUUUCUCCCGAGGAGACGAUAAAUAUCGUGAUGAAUUAGCGAUCAUAUUAAAUCAAGGCAAGAUCAUGGUGAGGACAUAUAAGAGAAAGACCAACAGAGCGAGCACGACUCCGCAUACAAUGCUGAAGGCUGUCAGACAGGUGCUGUUGUUUAAGAAGACCAUACGAGCUGCAGCUGAGGAGUUUGGGAUCAAUUAUCGCACCCUCGCUCGCUAUUGUACCAAAAUUCCACGGGAAGAGGUGGAGGGAGACGCCGAACAUCCGAGCUGUGCCGUGGGCUUCAUCGGCGCCAGACAAGUGUUUAGUGCAGAACUAGAGAUGGAACUGGUCUCCAACAUUUUAACAGCAACCAAUAUUUAUUAUGCGCUGCCCCCUAAGGCCAUCAGAAAAUUGUCCUACCAGUUGGCAAAGAUGCACCAGCUACAAAUGCCGGCAUCGUGGAGGGAAAAUAAACAAGCGAGCGCAGAUUGGUUUGCCGCUUUUACAAAGAGACAUCCCUCGUUGUCCAUCAGAUCACCCGAACCAAUGAGUGUGCCGAAGGCGAGCCCCUGCACUACACGUCACGUUGAGAUGUUUUACAGCAAGCUGAAGGAGAUCAUGGAACGACACCGCUUUAAGCCGGAGGAUGUGUGGAACGUGGAGGAAAUUGGCGUCACAACCGCUCAAAGGGCCGAUCGCGUGGUGAUUAGGAAAGCGCUGGUGCCGCUGGGACCCGUGUCAUCCGCUGACCGGGGGCCGCUCGUGAGCGUGGCCUGUGUCGUUUCUGCGUCAGGGAACACGAUACCGCCGUAUUUCGUUUUCCCGAGAGUUCAAUUCAGGGAGCACUUUCUGAACGGCUCGCCUGUCGGGAGCUCGGGUGGAGCCAAUCUUAACGGCUGGAUGAGGGAGGAACAGUUCGUCCAUUUCCUGCAGCAUUUCACUCGACAAACCAAACGCUCCCCGGAGAGACCCGGUCUCCUGCUCCUCGACAGUCACUUAUCCUACUUGUCCAUCGAGGGGCUGAGUUUUGCAAAAUCAAACGGUAUCGUAAUGCUCUCCUUCCCCCCACACUGUUCUCGGCAUCUGCAGCCUUUGGAGCGCUCCGUUUACAGCCCAUUUAAGAAAUUCGUCAACGCAGCUAUCGACAGCUGGAUGCUCGGAAGCCCGGGUAGAAGCGUUACAAUUCAUCAUGUUCCAGGAAUUGUUGCCACCGCGCUGCCCCUGUCUGCCACCCCAGCAAACAUUAUGGAGGGGUUUAAAGCCUGUGGAAUUUACCCUCUCAACCCAAACAUUGUUCAUGAAUCAGAGUUUGCUUUAAGUUGUCUUACAGACUGUAACUCUGGCAUUUCUGCGUCCAAUGGUUCGGCACAUAAUUACGUCGACUACAUCGGUGACACUCCUGAGUGUCCAUCUUCAGACCGACACACAGCACACGGUGACCUUCAGCCCAAACCAGAUGAACUUCACUCUUACCAGAAACUGAAGACCUCUGAGCAGGACAGUGGACAUCUUGACUGGCUCUCAUGAGCUGGACAGAUACAGGACACAAAAUCACAUUAGCUUUUCCUAUACUCAAACACAAUAUUUGUCUCUUUGUUAUUAUUUGAUAUAUUAUUAUAAUUAUACACUUCAUUAACUGCUGCUGCUUCUGUUAGUCAAAUCCAGUGGAGGCCAGUGACUUAUUUUUCGAGGGUGCACAAUGUGAAGCUUGUCACAACAUAUAUUUAGCCCAUCGUGUGAACCUAUGUGCAUCACUUGUCAUGUCAAAAUACAUGCCUGCUGCAGACGCUUCAAAGUGGUUUAUGCCAGAUACUCGCUUAAUCUCAUGUGUACUCAGAGUUUAGUGUUAAGUUCGUGUCUUCUGAGUAUUUUGUGAACGUGAGCGUCUCUUUUAUCGUGAACACUUUCCACGUGUCUGUAGCAGGCAUGUAUUUUUGUUAUGAUGCAUGAGGCACAUGGUUCACAUGACGCAAUUAACACAUAUUUUGGGCUGACGAGCCACACAAACGACACAAACACAUAUUUUGAAUUCGUGCCCCUCGAAAAAGAAGUCACCGGUCACCACUGGUCAAAUCAAAUCGUUCAGUAUUUUUCUGUUUGCCGUUUUUGCCUAAAGUCAUUAAAUAUGAGACAUUUUAAACGGACAUUUUGUUUAAGAUGACUUUGUUUUUGAAUUAACAUUUUUGAAAUUAAUAAAGUUAUAAACAACAGGUUUACCAAACAAAGCUGAGGUUAAGAGGAGAUGAAGGACUGAAGAGAGAGGGAACAUAAGGUUACGUGCUUAACUGAGACACAUUGAUCACGAAGUGGAUCAGUUUUAGAUGAUGGAGUGUAUUUCAGAUCUCUUGGUAAACUCACUGAACUCACUGAAGAAAGCUCAGCUGAAAAAGUUUCAGUGGCAUCUGAAGAAUUAUGGUAUUUUAGCUGCUGAGCUGGAGGACGCAAAUGUCUUAGAUACAGUAGAUAAAAUGUUUGGAGCGUUAUGGAGCAGAAAAAUCUGUGGAGACCACACAGGACAUCCUGAAGAAGAUGAACCAGAACCAUCAGGCUGAACUGCUGGAGAAAAAAGUGCAGAUACGCUCUGGAAAAGCAACAUUUACUUAAUUGCCUAAUAAGUUUUGAGCAAGUGAUAAUGUCAAUAAAUACAAAUUCAGUCUUAUAUCAGCUCAGAGUCAGACUUUAUGUUCUUCUCUUGUCAUUGCUUCAUUCAUUGGUCAAAAAUGUUUUUCUUCCAUUUCUAUAUACCUGCCUUACUCAUCAUCAUCAUCAUCAUCAUCAUCAUGCCUGUACUGUCACCAACAGGUCAAAAAUAGGAUUGCAACACAAGGAACAACACAUUGGGCCCAUAACUGCUUAGAAAUAAUGUGACGAUACAUAACAG